AAUCUGUAUUUAUGUAUAUAUAAGUCUCGCCAUGACUUUUUGUGCUCGUGCAAAAAAAAAAAAAAAAAAAAAAAAAAAAAAAAAAAAAAAAGCUAAAUUUUUUUCUUUUGCUCUUCGAUCGAUUAAACUUGUUUGACUGAUCAUGCCUUAAAAAAAAUCGUUCCGGAAAGCGUCCAAUGGUGUAGUAGAGCUUCGCUUCCUCAAAAGUCAAAGAAAUACCGGGGUCACCUUUUUUAUUCAUUUCUAUUUUAAAACACUCCAUUUAACUCUUAGACGAUAAUUUUCUGUUGCCGAACAAGUCAUUCCCGAUGUGCUCAGUAAAGUCCGACAGAUGUUGUCCGACAGGUUUUUGUGACAAGGCACUGCCGGGUGACUGAAGUGGGCGUGUGUGAAGAUAACAGCGCACAACAAGGGAAAUUAAAACUAUCAUGAACAGAUAUUGCUUAGUAACCGCCGACCCUGCUUCUAAAAUAGGCCAGUCUCACCAAAGACAUGACGUCUUUCAGUGUCAUGCAGUCAAAGGAGUGUCCACAUAGUCCUGUGUUUUGCAGUACUGUUGGUUAACUGCUCAUACAUGAACACAUUAAAUCUGCCUGUUUACUGUCGGUUUUGACCGAUGAAGAUUAGGUGAGGAUGAAGCUCGUUUAUUUAUUUAUUUAUUUAUUUAUUUAUUUAUUUAAUUUGGUCGUCUCCGUGUCCUAAUGUAUGGGACACUGUUGCGAAUGACAAGAUUUACUUUAGGGAAACUACAUCAGUGCUGUCGUUCAGAAAGAUUUGACCAUUUGCCUAAUAGGACAUCAAGAAUACUGUGGACAAGUUUGUAAGGAUGGAUCAUUUGAUGUCCUUGAGUUGCCUGUGUGCAAGGCAAGGAAUAUGUCCCAGCUCUCGUGUCAGAACUAGAGGGUUUUUACCCAGUUGUGUGUGAACACACUCCAAACUCAUGUUUGCUCUCUAUAGCAUAUCUAUUGACUCCAAACAAACCUCAAAGCCUGUGGGAAAUCAGGAGAGUAAGGUUAAGCCAUCAGAAAACUCAUUACAUGUUCCUUCAGUAGAUGUCAGAAGUUGAUGCUGCUGGCGUAUCCUCAGCGAUGGAGACUGACAGUGUCCUAGAUGCAGAGAAUGAGUUCCUGGUACAGGCGUUGGAACGGCUGAUGCAUGGUCGCACUGUGUUGAUCAUUGCUCACCGUCUCUCCACCAUCCAAAGCACAGACGCCGUGGCUGUGCUGGAUCAGCACCGUGUGGUGGAGAUCGGCAGCCAUGCCCAGCUCCUUGCCAACGACCAGGGGCUCUUUCGCAAACUGAUGGAGAAGCAGGCCUUUCUGCAGGCUGAGCAGAAACUCAGUAACUUGAAGACAACAAAGAAAGUGCACACUUUGAUAUAUACUACAAACAUAUUUAAAAUGCUGUUCGUAUUAUAUUUUAUUGUGUCUUUGAGCACUCCUACAUGACAGAAGACUGAAAUGUAGCCAUUCCACAGCAUUUGCAGCAUAUCACAAACUGCCAAGUAACUGGAAACCAGUUGUAUUCUGAUCAUUGUUAAUUACAAGGUGCAGCUGUGCUGUUAUAUUUAUUGAAUGGCAGACAUCACAUUGCUGCUGUGGACAUGAUAUUACACUCAUCAGAGCUGCAAAAAAAUCACAAACCUUGCCACUGAACCCUUUUUUUUUGCUUCUAAUUGUAAGUUGUAUGCUUUGAUAGUAUAAAAUAGAUUAAUACCUUUGAAUGAGAAGACUUUAAAGGUAUAGAGGUGUAUUUGAAAUAUGAAUUACUGUAGUAUGACCAAGUAGUCUGAUUACUUAAUGUGUGCAAAUUAUGCAGGUCCAGAUAAAAGAACGAAUGAUAAUCAAUUUAUGGACAUAAAGUCAGUGUUCGUAAUGAACAAAUGGAUAAUUAAGCAGUUUUACCCAAGCAAAAGUGUAUGACUGCACGAUUUUAUACAACUUUUCUAUCCACAGUUUUCCUGAGCAAUCACUGGGCAGUGCCAUGAUUAUCCUAAUUGCCUGUUUUGUAUUUCUGGUCUCGAGACGGCAAGUAAAAACUGCCAAAACGAGCGAUCCAGAGGAGAACAACAACCAUUUAAGUGUUACUUGGUGUAAAAAUUUAUUUCAGGCUCAACUUGUGCAGUUUUUGGCUGUCAUAACAACUCAGAAUAAUUAAUGAUAUCAGCGUAACUAACCUCGGACCAUCGCUUCAUGUCAUACACACUCAGGUGAAGCGCUGUCUAUAAAAAACGGUCUUCUCGACUCUGUGAAGUUUCGGCAUGUUUUUUUGACAAUUUUUACAAAUGUUAUACCUUAAACAUCACAUUACCCACUAAGAAUAGACGCCGAUGCGAGUGAAAACACUGGAGACCGGAAAUUGAAAACAGUCGAAUCGUGGAACACUUCCGCGUUCAGGAAAAGGUGGAUAAACAAGAAGUUUAUAUUGCGUAACUUGCUUUUCAGACACAGUAUGGCCAGUAAUCUUGUCUGUUUUUGCUCUGCUAAGGGAAAUGGUUCCA